UACCAUAUCCUACCCACCACAAACACAUCAUGUCGAACCCUAACCUUAUGGAUAUUGAGCCCGGUGGUGAAAACACACAGUACGAGUCGAUUCGUUAUUUCUCGGAGACGCCGAAAAAGCAGACAGGCCAACUAGGUGCCCACUGCGAGCACACCAAGAGUGAAUACAAUCCUUUCGGAGAUGAGGAUGUCGAACUCAAUGGCCAGAAUGGAGAUACUCCCCUAGCAAGACAGCUUGAGAAAGGGGAGGCUACGUCUGGACUAUCGGGGAUUGUGGACAAAGAUUCGAAACCCGAAACCCCAGAAGAGGCUGCAACGCUGGCGGCAAGGAUCAGGAGAGAGCAGGGAUAUGGACCUGGCUCGGGUGUCGGGGCUUAGGUGCCAUGAGGUAAAUGUAGAAGGACAAGGGUAAUGAACAUAUUUUCCAGAAAUUUGAAAUGGCGUUGCUUGGUUCGUUUGCUUAUUGAGAGGCCACCGGGCUGGAUGAUGUCGAUUUCGGAGGUGUAGGUAGAUUCUCGGCACCGAGGGCUGGGCUUCUGCGGGCGCGCUUGAGACUCUCCAGAGUUACGCCGUUACCGAGCUUUGUCAGUCCGACCACGGGCGGCUCGCCCUUCUUCACGAACUCCCAUAGUCC